CUGAAAGGUUCACUUUCCUCCUUAACAGAAUCUCGUGAAUCUCUCUCUACCUUCCCUUUCUAUAAAACACUCAUCUCUCUCUCUCUCAAACAAACAAACAAACAAUCUUCAUUUAGAAACUUUCAAAUCAAAAUGGCGUCGUCGACCAUCUCUUGCAACGCCUCCGAUCUCAUCCCUCUACUCUCCGGCGGAGCCAACGCCACCGCCGCAGCCGCCGCCGCUGAAUUCAUCUGCUCCAGAUUCGAAACCGUCUCCGGGAAAUUCACCGACGCGGGCUACGCGAUCGACAACACGUACCUCCUCUUCUCAGCGUACCUAGUCUUCUCGAUGCAGCUCGGCUUCGCCAUGCUCUGCGCCGGAUCCGUCCGCGCCAAAAACACGAUGAACAUAAUGCUCACGAACGUCAUCGACGCCGCCGCCGGAGGCCUCUUCUACUACCUCUUCGGCUUCGCCUUCGCGUACGGAGCUCCGUCGAACGGAUUCAUCGGAAAACACUUCUUCGGGAUGAGUGAUUUCCCUAAACUUACGUUCGAUUAUCCUUUCUUUCUUUACCAGUGGACGUUCGCCAUCGCCGCCGCGGGGAUCACGAGCGGAUCCAUCGCAGAGAGGACGCAGUUCGUUGCGUAUUUGAUUUAUUCGUCUUUCUUAACCGGAUUGGUUUACCCGAUUGUGUCUCAUUGGUUCUGGUCAAGCGACGGUUGGGCGUCUCCAGCUAGAUCUGAUAACCUUCUGUUUCACUCCGGUGUGAUUGAUUUCGCCGGAUCCGGCGUCGUUCAUAUGGUUGGAGGAAUCGCCGGUUUAUGGGGAGCGUUAAUCGAAGGACCGAGAAUCGGCCGGUUUGAGCAACGGAGUAAACCGCUUACGUUGCGUGGUCACAGCGCGACUUUGGUUGUGCUCGGUACGUUUUUACUAUGGUUCGGUUGGUACGGGUUUAACCCCGGUUCGUUCGCGAUUAUUUUCAAAUCGUACGGGACCUCUCCCGGGAGCUCAUUCUACGGACAGUGGAGUGCUGUCGGAAGAACAGCUGUUACGACGACGUUAGCUGGAUGUACUGCGGCGCUAACGACUCUGUUCGGGAAGAGAUUGAUUGAUGGUUACUGGAAUGUUACGGAUGUAUGUAACGGUUUGCUAGGCGGGUUUGCCGCGAUAACCAGCGGCUGCUCGGUUGUUGAACCGUGGGCCGCGGUUAUCUGCGGGUUUAUAGCGGCCUGGGUGCUAAUGGGCUUCAACAAGCUAGCUGAUAAGCUUAGAUUCGAUGAUCCUUUAGAAGCGGCUCAGCUUCACGGCGGUUGCGGCGCUUGGGGGAUCAUUUUCACUGGUUUGUUCGCGGAUAAAACGUAUGUGUCGGAGAUCUACGGAGGCGAUCCGAACAGACCGUUUGGGCUGUUUAUGGGAGGAGGAGGGAGGUUGCUUGCGGCGCACGUAGUGCAGAUUGUGGUGAUCGUGGGUUGGGUUAGUGUGACGAUGGGGACUUUGUUUUUUGUGUUGCAUAAGAUGGAACUGUUGAGGAUACCGUCGGAGGAUGAGGUCGCCGGGAUGGAUCCGACGAGUCAUGGUGGGUUGGCUUAUAUGUAUACAGAAGAAGAGAUUAAGAAUGGGAUUAUGGUUAGAGGUGUGGGUGGUGAAGAUGAUCAUGUCCAUGGACAUGUAGGUGUUCUUUGAUGUCUUUGUUAUUUUAAUAGUAGCUUUUGUGUUUUUUCGUUCUUCUUUUGGUCUGUGUAUAUAUUUUUGCAUGGAAAUAAAUAUAUUAAU